AUGGGGCAGCAUCUCGACGACGUCUUCGCCUCCCUGCUCGCCCGGCGCGGUACGCAGGGCCGUCUGCGCCGCCUGACCCUCCCAUCACCAGGCUCAGUCGAUUUCUCCUCCAACAGUUACCUUUCUCUAUCCUCCAACGCGGCCGUCCAAGCCGCGUACCUCGAGCGUCUUAGGCACGCAUGCAAGCAAGGAGAAUUCUCCCUCGGCUCGGGGGGCUCACGACUGCUCGACGGCAACACGCCCGCGGCUGAGGCCCUUGAGCGAGAGAUUGCUGCUUUCCAUGGCGCCCCGGCCGCCUUGCUCUUCAACUCGGGCUUUGAGGCCAACACUGGCCUGUUCAGCUGCGCGCCACAGAAAGGGGAUGUGAUAUUGUACGAUGAGCUCAUCCAUGCAAGUGUCCACGAUGGGAUGAAACUCAGCCGCGCACGGAGAAUGCCCUUCAAGCACAACUCCGUGCGUGGUGAUACCCGCGACAUUCGGCUCAGGAGCCUGGACGACGCUUUGGCGGAGCUCACAAGCGGUCAGCAAGCUGAAGAAUUCAAGGCCGGAAGGUCCAAUGUGUUCAUUGCAGUGGAGAGCGUCUACAGCAUGGAUGGGGACUUGGCGCCUCUCAAGGACAUCGUCGAGUGUGUGGAGGAGAGGCUCCCCAACGGCAACGGAUACGUCAUUGUCGAUGAGGCGCACUCAACGGGAUGGAUUGGUGAGAGGGGCCAGGGCUUGGUCUCCUAUUUGGGGCUCGAGUCCCGUGUCUGGGCGCGAGUGCAUACCUUUGGCAAGGCCAUGGGCUGCGCUGGUGCUGCUGUUCUCUGCUCGCCGACAACCCGGAGCUAUCUCAUCAACUAUGCCCGUAGCCUCAUCUACACGACUGCAAUGGCAUACCCCAUGCUUGCGGGGAUCCAGACCGCCUACGAGUACCUCCAGGGCGGGCAAGUCGAGCAGCACCUCAGCCACCUAGGACGGCUCAUGAAGCACACUCAUCGUGUCCUCACGUCUCUCAUUUCCCGCCAACGGCCGACAAGAGAAGUCUUCCACAUCAAUGAAGGGCUGCCGCAGUCGCCCAUAAUACCACUGUUCACUUCGAAAGCCCGAAGCCUGGCCCAAUACUGUCAGGAGAGAGGGUUCAUGGUGCGCCCAAUCGUCGCGCCGACCGUGCCAGCCGGGACAGACCGUGUUCGGAUGUGCCUACAUGCUGGAAACACAAUAGAAGAGGUAGAGCUGUUUUGCAAGGCCGUCGAGGCGUGGGUGCAGCAGCAACAGGACACAGGGACGCAUUCGGAGGUCGCAGCCAAACCGUCACGGCAGUCAAGUAAACUGUGA